UUCAGAAUUAUAUACCUGAUCAUAUGCCAUGAAGUGCCAUAGUGAAAACCUAUAUUUUCUGAGUGCUCAAGACGAUGCACUGACUUUGAAACAAGACCAAUCAAGUCUGACAAGGUUCUUUAGUUAUUUCACUAACCUGGAUAAUUUGCAUCAGAAAUUUUCAAGACUGGAUUUGACUAUGUGCAAGCUUGUCGUGUUUGUGGGUGAUCAUGUACUGUGCUGAUAUAGAUUUUGCUGUAACUUUGCAAAGCCAUGAUAUUUGCGCAACCGUGCCAAGACCGCAAGUACAAAUAAAACAUAUCUCAACAUUCUGGCUUAAAACGAGGAAGCCAUCCUUUGUGAAUUUUGCCACUUCUUCACCAGAGUAUUGUCACUCUCCAGAAGAGAAGGCUGCUCCCAACGACACACACAGUCGAGAAGGUAUUUUUGUAACGAAUUCUCAUCACAGUAGACAAGAGCCACAAAGACGUCGUCGAGACAUGAAUGAGCAAUCAGAGAAGAUCCAAAACGCUGUGCUAAAGACAAUAGAGGAAGGGAAGUACCUGACGGGCGAUCUGGGAGGCAACGCUGGCACAACCGAGUACACGAAUGCUGUUUGCGAGAAGCUAUAGGAAGAGUGACGACGAAAGGGAAAACAAAUCAAGGAAGCGAACGAAGGAACGAACCUGUGCGCGUUGCUCAUUACGACGUUAGGCUCUCCGGUGGCUUCGUUUUCAUCCUCUCGCCCAAGACAAGUUUUACAGUAAGAUCGAUUUCCAGGCUCGCGAUGUCUCUAUUGACAGAAGACCGUUUCUCUCUCUUUUUUUCUUCUUCUGAUGACUCGAAUGAAUAAAACUGGUGAAGCAAAGUUUGCAGACAAAUAAAUUUUUACGAAAGAACUUCGAGAAGAAAAUAGGAAAUUCUUUGAGCUUAAGAAGAUCGAAGGUAGAAAGAAAUUUCUGCCCUGGAUCGGAAAAUCCGGUUGUUAGAAACAAAGAUUUUACCUUUGGUGCAUGCAAUCCUCCGUGUGAGCCACAGGCUGCCAGCUGCUACGCCCAUGCCAGCCCCAAAUCCAAAUAAAAAACCAAUGGAUCUCCUCUUCUUUCCCACACAGCUCCAAUUCUCCAUCUCCAGUCCAUCAAUCACAAGCUCUUCGAUCGCCAUGGCCUCCAACUACAGCGAUCUCGCCAAGUCCAGAUCCAAUGAUUCCGGCAUCACGCUCCAGCAUCUCAAGCAGCGAUCGCCCUCGGCACGCCGCGUUCUUGGCAUCCUGGCGAUCCUGGCGGUGGGAGCGAUGGCGCUGGGGGGUGGCGCCGUGGCACUCUUGCUCAUCUCGCCGAUACUCCUCUUUUUUAGUCCUAUCCUGGUGCCGCUGGCGGUCCUGGCGGCGAUGGCGACGGGGGCGGCAGUGGCAUUCAUCGCUUUCGUGGCGGCCAGUACCUGGAUCUAUAGGUAUGCCAGAGGCGGGCGGCCGGUUGGAUCAAAGAGCCUGGAUGCAGUGAAGACCCUUCUAAUGUUAUAUCAUAUUACUCAUCCUCAAGUGGAUUUCUCGCAUAACCCCAAGAACAUAGAGAUGGAGUCCGAGAUCCGAAAUCGGGUCCGAGACCGAGUCCGAGGUCAAGUCCGAGGUCAGGUCCUACACCAAGGUUGGUCUAAAGCUACCGAGGCGAUGGGCAAAGCUCAGGAUAGAUAUGUUGGACCCUAUCGGGUGCUAAAACGCAUUGGUGAUGUAUCCUAUCGGUUGGAUCUGCCUGUGGAGAAUUCCAAUGUUCAUAAUGUAUUUCAUGCCAAUCUAUUGGCUCCUUACACUAUGGAUGCUGCACGUCAAGGGGAGAUUCGUCUGCCACCAGAUGUUGUGGACGGUUAA